AUGGUGACAAGUCUCAAAUGGGAGAACUAUGGUGCUUUUGCGGCUACUUGCAAAGAUGAUCCUGUACGAUGUGAGACCUUGCUGGAAAUGUCCCAAACGUCGUAUUUGCUCAAUAGACAAGGAGGCGACAACUGGAGCAUCGCCGUCUUCGCCAGCCAUGGAGAUGGAUCAAGCCAAUUCCUCAAAAGCCUCCGCGUAGUUAGCAGGCCAUUCUGCUACAGCGCAACGCAAAUUCUAUUCCAGGCAGUCCGCCUAUUCCAGAAAGAACGGAGCGAUUCCGAUCUCGAGAAACGGGAUGAUAUUCAGGCAUUACUGGAACUAGCCCAGUCUGGAGCCAGUCGAUACAUACGGGUCAUGCGAGUUCGUGGUGAUACUUUCUUCAAGUCCUCUGACCCAAGUGAGGGAGUAGAAGUGAUAGGCACUGUUGCGAAAGCCUUCCGGGACUACGUGCGCCCGAGACUUGAGAGGUUGGAGCUUUUUGAACCCAACAAUCUGAUGCUGCGCGAAUUCUCUCAUCACGCAGUGGCCCCUAUCAUCGCCGGUCUCAAGUACCUCACUAUCUGGGGAUGCACAGGGUGUCCAAACAGUGCGGAGAUACGACGCAUCUUGCAAUCAGGUUAG